UUUUCUUUUUUUAUUUUCAAAUUACAUUUAAUCUUUAACAUCUAGAAAUGAGUGAAAUAUCUGUCAAACUUAAGGAAGUAUUAUUCCGAUUCCAUUCCGCUGUAAAAAGUUCCAAAAUUUUGCAUGGACCUAUACCUAAAAUGAUUGCAGCAAGCAAAACAAAACCUGUUGAGGAUAUAAUUGAGGCAUAUAAAUGUGGCCAGAGAGAUUUCGGGGAGAACUAUAUUAAAGAACUUUUGGAAAAAGCAUUCAAUCAAACAAUAUUGAAUGACUGCAAAGAAAUUAAAUGGCAUUUUAUAGGCCAUCUUCAGAAAAAUAAAGUCAACAAAUUAAUUAGUGUCCCAAAUUUAUAUAUGAUACAAACAAUUCAUUCACAAGCUUUAGCAAGUCAAGUCAAUAAUGCUCUCUCAAAGCUUAGUACAAAAAUGUCAGGGGAUAAUAAAUUAAAGAUUUUAAUUCAAGUUAAUACAAGUGGUGAACAAGAAAAGAAUGGGCUAGAUCCAGACAAAGUAUCUCCAUUAGUUAAGUUUAUCAUGGCGGAAUGUUUAAAUUUACAAUUUAAAGGUCUAAUGACAAUUGGUAUGCUAGAUGCAAGCCAGCAUGGACAUACUAUCGAUAAUCCAAAUCCUGAUUUUCUGACUCUGAUCAAAUGUAGGGAAGAUGUCAGUCGUGAAUGCGGUCUAAAAAUAGAAGAUAUGGAACUGAGUAUGGGAAUGUCUCAGGAUUUUGAACACGCAAUUGAAAUGGGAGCAACCUAUGUCAGAAUCGGCACGAUCAUCUUUGGAGAAAGGAAUUAUUCACUCAUGGUAAACGAAUCAUAAUUAACAAAAUAAAAAUGUAAACGUCUCUCAUAUUUUUAUUAUUAUUUUUUUAAACGUUGUGAUAAUACAAUUAUUAGUCAAUUAUACAUAUAUAUAUAAAUAAUAUUUAUAUUGAUAUAUAGAAAGAAAUUUUUUACAAUGUUUAUUCUUUAACCCUCAACCUAUUUUUUUUAAACCCCCACCUCACCGCAAGAGAUAUGGAAACAUCGCUCUUACCCCCCUCUCCCUUUCAUGUAAGAGGUAAAGACCGACACUGAGUAAUUGUAAAUUUUCUUUAUAACCAAAAAAAAUUUUUUUAACGAAUUUUGUACCUAUUUUAUUUUGUAAUAUUUAGUUAAAUGCACGAAUUUUAAUUAAUACAUAAUUAAAUCAAUUUAAAUAGCCCAAUGAUUAAUAAAAUAUUGUACAUAUUAUCAUUCUUCUGUCUCUAAAAAGUCCCAGAAAAGUAGAAAAAAAAGAGACUUUUUAAAAGCUAGUGGUGUUGAACGGCUCGAUUUGGACCGAUUCUUAAAAACGGUUAACUCAAUAUUUUACCCAGAAAAAAUAUCGCGGAUGCCUGGAGAUUUUGCUCUCAUAGACGGCACAAAGGUCUAGAUAUCUAUUAUCGAAAUCAUAUUGAGAUAGCCGAUUUAAAAAAUCGGCUCAAAACGAACUGUUUAACAACACUAUUCAAAACCCUCCUUGAAAACCUAUUCCUAACUUCGACUUGGAUUUCAUUAUAGCCUUUCAGCGCCGCAGAUUUCUAAAUUAUUUAUUAGUUUGUUUUUUUUAAAGUAAUUUUGAGAAUUAAUAUCAUUAUCCAAAAUCCCAAUUUUUUUGUUCGUUUGUAAACAAUAUAAAUUCAUUCCGCCAUUUUUUAAAUUUGUAUUUUUAAUGACCUUUGAAAAAAAAUAAAUUGUGUAAUUUUUUAUAUAUUUUUUUUUCAAAAAUUAUAAUAAUUUUGU